GGCCCCCGGCCCCCGCUCCUCCGGGAGGCUGCUCGGGGGGCAGGGGCCGGCCCUGAGCGCGGCUCCUCCCUUGCCGCGGAGCCCCGGGCUGGAGAGAAUUACAAGGGAAAAAAAGAAAAAAAUCCCCCAGGAAGAAAGCGAGGGAGACGCAGCCAAGCCUCCCCCACGGCCUCCCUCCCAUUGGCUGCCCUUCCCUUUGUGUGCCAGGCAGCUGCAGCCCCAGCUCCACAUUUGAAUGUAUAUAGGGGAUUGGAAGGGACCAUUUCCAUGGGCCAUCUGUCUCGCAGCCAGCAGCAGCCGCCGCUCCAGCCGGAGCCGCCCCACGCGCACCUCCAGCGCCGAGCCGCCGCGCAACAAAGGCGCCGCAGCCGCAGGAGCCGCAGCCGGAGCCGGAGCCGGAGCCGCAGCCGGAGCAGGCGCCGCAGCGGGCAGGAUGGUACUUGUGCACGUCGGCUAUCUUGUUCUUCCAGUGUUUGGCUCUGUACGAAACAGAGGUGCUCCCUUUCAAAGGUCUCAGCAUCCUCAUGCUACCUCCUGCCGGCACUUCCAUCUGGGCCCCCAACCUCAGAUCUCAGCUGACUUCCCCCUCCCUCACCCUGUCCAGCCACAGCCAGGGCUGAACCCUCACAUGGCGACAGCUCACCAGCAUAAUGGCUCGCUGCACCAGCCCCUGCCACCUAUGCCAGCCCUGCCGUUUCAGGAUGUGACAGGACCCUCCUUCCUACCUCAGGCGCUACACCAGCAAUACCUCCUCCAGCAGCAGCUCCUUGAGGCCCAGCACCGUAGGCUUAUGCCUCAUCCCAGGCGGACUCAGGAGCGCAUGUCUGUUCAACCUCAUCGGUUACACCCAGGCUUUGACUUUGGCCACCAACUGCAAACUCCUCAACCCAUGGGGCCGCAGCCCAGGUACUUAGCUGAAGGCACAGACUGGGAUCUCAGUGUUGAUGCUGGCCUGACUCAUGCCCAGUUCCAGGUUAGGACAGUUCCUCAGCCCUAUCAGCAUUACCUAGCUACACCUAGAAUGCACCAUUUCCCUAGGAACACAUCCUCAACGCAGAUGGUUGUCCAUGAAAUCAGAAACUACCCUUAUCCUCAGCUUCAGCUACUUGCUCUUCAGGGACUAAAUCCGAACAGGCACACAUCUGCUGUGAGGGAGAGCUAUGAAGAGCUGCUGCAGCUGGAGGACAGACUGGGCAGCGUGAGCCGGGGAGCUGUGCAGAACACCAUCGAGAGGUUCACGUUCCCACACAAGUACAAAAAGAGAAGACCACAGGAAGGCAAAGCUGAGAAGGAGGACGGGGAGGAGUCGGACACCGAUGAAAAAUGCACAAUCUGUCUGUCUAUGCUUGAAGAUGGAGAAGAUGUGAGGCGUUUACCCUGUAUGCAUCUCUUUCACCAAGUGUGUGUGGAUCAGUGGCUAGCCACCAGCAAGAAGUGCCCAAUCUGCAGAGUGGACAUUGAAACACAACUUGGCUCCGACAGCUGAAAGAACCAGCUGGAUGCACCAUUUUCCUUACCAGGUCGUAUGGCCAUAAACCCUUGCAGCAAAAUUUUGCCUUCUGAGCCAUUUGAUUUAGAGGAGAAGUCUGCAAGCACAUUAGCGAGGAGGAGGAAGGAGGAGUUGGUGGUACAAAAUCUAGGGGUAGGAGAGUAUCCUAACAGCCAUAUUGGCCCAAUGCAUGGGAGCUGGCAUUCCCAGAGCUUGAAGGCCCUGUGCUGCAGAAGAUUUAGUAUUGAACAUGAAGGAACUAGUUUGUGGUAGUCUGGCUUGUCAAUCCUGCAUCUCAUGAGGAUUGUAUAUAUACCUCUUGACUAAGUAGAAACAUGUUAGGGGUUCUUUAGCUAUUUCUAUGGAUGGCAGCUGGAGCAUGUUAGCUUAAGAAAUGUUGUGUUUGAUGCCCUAGUCAUCUUGUGGUGGACAUGUCGCUGUUAACCUAAUUUGCACCAAAUAUUUUUUCAUAGAUUCCUUAUUUUGGUGCCUGAUUAAAG